AUGGAAUAUCAUUCUAAUUUACAAAUUUUGGAUGAGGAUGGAUAUGCUCAAUUAGACUUCAGCUCUCGAGGUCUCUCCAGGAGACCUAUCAUCUCAGAGAAAGGAGCUUGUAUUACAUCUCCUCGUUGGUGUCUCAUUGCUGUGACCCUGGGGGUCUUAUUCUUGAUAACACUGGUGAUAGCUGUGGUUCUGGGCACCAUGGCUAUUUGGAGACCCAAUUCAGGGAGCAACCCAUCGAAGAACAACAACUUUCCAUCACGAAGUAAACAGAACCAUAGCCGACCCACACAAUCAACUUUAGAAGACAGUGUGGCUCCUACCAAGGCUCUCACAACCAGAGGAGUUUUUUCCAACACUUGUGCCCCUAACUGGAUUACACAUGAGAAGAGCUGUUAUCUAUUAAGAACUGUACUAGAUUCCUGGAAUAGAAGUAAAGAACACUGCUCUCAACUGGGCUCUCAUCUCCUGAAGAUAGACAGCUCAAAAGAAUUGGAAUUUAUAAAAAGGCAAGUGUCUUACCAACCUAAUAAUUCAUUUUGGAUAGGGCUUUCUCGCCCUCAGACUGAGAAACCAUGGCUCUGGGAAGAUGGCUCAGAAUUCUCUUCUGAUUUGUUUCAAAUAAGAAGCACAGCUACUCAGGGAAACUUAUUUCACAAUUGUGUAUGGAUUCAUGCGUCCAUCAUUUAUGAUCAACUCUGUGGUGUUUAUUCAUACAGUAUCUGUGAGAAGAUGCUUUCAAAAUAA